AGAAAAGGAGAAAACACAACACGUUGCUCUUUUCCCUCUUACGUUUCAAAAACAAUAACACUUUUGUUUCAUUCUCUGAAUGACGUGCCAUUUGACAUUUUUUAGAAAUGAUUGGCGACAGCUAUGAGAGUUCGCCGUAUAUGUGUUUUUACAAAUAGUUUAAGAUGACGGAGUUUUGUAGGAGAAUGCUAAACGAUGAAAAUGACGAUUCGCCUGCGAAAUGCAGGGAGCGGAGGCGACGGAGAAUAAGAAUGAGGAGAUUAGCAGGAACCUCUCCCCCUGGUUCUGGACAGCCUUCCAGCCAUAGUGGAAAUGAAAACCAGACGGAGAGGAAGCGUAUGCGCACGAUGUCGGAGAUGAGUGAUAUUCCACCGGCUGCGACUUCUACAUCCGCUUUUUCUGGCGAGAACAUGGAACCGGUGGGUCCAGAGGCGGCGUUAAGCGAGACAGACUCGGCUGAGCCGGUGUACGGGACGAUCUCGGUAUCUGGGAGGGCACGAGAGAUGGAAGACACAAUUUCUGUACGGACGAGUCUUUGUCAUCCAGAGAUUAACCGGCGGCGACCCUUACAUUUCUUCGGUGUAUACGAUGGUCAUGGAGGACCUCACGUGGCAGCAUUGUGCAGAGAAAAAUUGCACGUGUUCUUCGAAGGGGAGCUAACGCGCGUGAGUUGCAAGACCAAAAAUGAAAGUGGGAAAGGUAGCACCUCGAGAGCAGAGGAGCUUGAGCAGGAAGCUGAAUGGGAAGACAGGUGGACGACAGUGGUGACGAGGAGCUUCCAAAGAAUGGACGAAGUGGCCAUUAGUAGUUGCCCAUGUGGAAGUUUGGUGUACCGUUGUGGGUGCCACUCAAUGGAGGCAGCUCUUAGUGGGUCCACCGCUGUAGUGGCAGUUGUAACGUCCGAAUACAUCAUUGUUGCCAAUUGUGGAGAUUCACGCGCCGUCCUCUGUCGAGGUGGGAGAGCAAUUCCUCUCAGUUGUGAUCACAAGCCCGACCGGCCAGAAGAACUUGCAAGGAUUGAAGCUGCUGGUGGAAGAGUAAUAUUUUUGAACGGAGCACGUGUUGAGGGCAUUCUUGCUAUGUCUCGCGCUAUAGGGGACAAGUAUCUUAAACCAAUUGUGACAUCAGACCCUGCAAUAACUUUUACAAAAAGGGAACCUGAAGAUGAGUGUUUAAUUCUUGCUAGCGAUGGGUUGUGGGAUGUUCUAUCGAACGACUUGGCUUGUAAAGUAGCUUCUGAGUGUCUUAAAGAAGAAAACAAUGGAGGUGUUGCAUCUAGAGAGGACAAUGCAAGGCCACUGAUAGAAGAUGAAGGGGCUGAGGCAUUGUAUCCAACGAGAAGUGUAUUGGCUGCUGCACUGCUAACUCGACUUGCUUUGGGACGGAAAAGCUCAGACAACAUAAGUGUCAUAGUUGUUGAUCUUAAGAGGAGUCAGCUGAGUAAUACAUAGAUAGAUGUUGAUAUGAAUAUGAUAUUAUGAACAUUGUACAGGUCUCAUGUUGACAGAAACAUGCACAUAAUACCUUUACAUAGGUGAUAGAUGGAAAGGAAAGCAUUAAACUGAUUGCUAGCUAUUUCAUUCGGCCAGCAUUUCUUUGUGGGAGGGGUCAAUAUUAAUA